AUGGUUUCGAUAGCCACAUUUAUCUCCUUCGCCCUCCUACCCGUUACCUUCUUCGCGCUGUGGGCAAUAUCGGCAACUGGGCCAUCGUCACCUUUUGCAAACAGCUUUCCAACGUUACGAGACCAGCGAAUAUGUCUCUUGAUCGCCCACCCCGACGAUGAGGCCAUGUUCUUCGCGCCAACACUUUUGGCUCUGACAAAGCCCGAGCUAGGAAACCAUGUCAAGAUACUGUGCUUGAGCUCCGGCGAUGCAGACGGACUUGGCCAUAUUCGCAAGAAGGAGCUACGGAAAAGCGCUAUGCACCUUGGUCUGCGCAGCCCGUCUGACGUAUUCGUCCUCGACGACCCGUCCCGAUUUCCGGAUAGCAUGACCACCGAAUGGUCCGCAACAGCGAUCGGAUCUCUUUUAGCUUCUGCUUUUGUUCCAGAACUUGCACUUAACCGUACCAACGACGAUGUAGACACCUCUUCACCUUCCUCUACACAGCAUCGAAAAACCUCUACCCGUACCAACGGCUCUACCAACGGCCGCACGAAUGCCAGCAUCGAUGUUCUCCUCACUUUUGACCCGUCCGGCGUCAGCAACCACCCCAACCACCGCUCCCUUUACCACGGUGCCAAGGCAUUUCUACAGAUCCUUGUGAAGGCAAACGAAAACUACGCCUGUCCUGUUUACCUGUACACUCUUACUUCUACCAAUUUCGUGCGAAAAUACUCGGGGAUCUUUGAUGCGCCAAUCAGCAUGUUAAUAGGCGCAAUUGGAAAUAUAAUAGCAAGCGCCAGUGGUUUUCGGCGUGGAAGGCCAUGGUGCAGGCGCAUAAAAGUCAGAUGGUUUGGUUCCGAUGGGGGUGGAUUACGAUCGGGCGGUAUAUGA